AUAACUGUACUCCUACUUGCACGUAACGAAAUCUCUAUUUCUUUAUUUACUUUAUCAUCAAAGUGAUAAAUGGGUGAUUUUAUUAAUUAAUUUGAAUUAUUGAAUAAAUAAUGUUAAUGUUUCACGUUAAGUUGCAACCUUAAGGUGCGACUGGCGCGGAGGACCAUUUUCAGUGAAAGUUGUUAAAAUGUGUCCAGCAUCGUCGAUAUUUGUGUAAUCAGGCAAAGAAUAAACCAAACAAUGGUUCCUGCGCCGAGUUGCCCCUAUACGUGGGAUUAUUGGACGUCCACGCCGUCCGAUUACGUAGAGUUAACAUGCUUGAUGCCAAAUUCUAUUUACUUGCCUGUAACAGUCAGUUGGGAUGCAACUCUUCAAGAUGUCAAGGAGGAGCUAUGGGACAUGGCGGGGAAGAUGCCCCUCUUUGGGAUGCUUCAUGAGAUGAAUGGGUAUGUGUUCCAAUUCAUCAACUCCUUGUCUGUCCCAGAAGAGGUUAAUGAUGAGAACAAGAGGGUGCGUGACAUCAGGCCUGUGUUUGGAGUGCUUAUGAUAAUAGAGCGGUCCAUCGAGAGGCCUGGGGAACAUUUGUUGAAUACACAAAUAAGUCACUUAAUUGGAAAAGGUUUAAAUGAAUUUGAUAGUUUAAGAAGUUCAGAGGUGAAUGACUUUCGAAUGAGGAUGAGAUGUUUGGCUGAAGAGAGUCUACUGAAAAGAGCUCAAAGUACAAGAUUAGAAAGAUUAAGAUAUCACUGCCCACCGAGACUGGCUGAUAGCCCUUCUGUACCUGCUACACUUAAUAGCCAUUUAAAUAAUAAUUGUUUUAUACUUGUUACUAAAGUUGCCAAUACAGAGAUCUCAUUCACGUCAAACGUAUCAGUGAACCUAACACCCCAACAGCACGUGGAUACGAUAUUCCGCAAGAAAGCGAACUCGCUGAACAUGCGCGGCGAGCAACCGCGCAACUACGUGCUCAAAGUGUGCGGGCGGGAGGAGUACCUGCUCGGCGACUAUCCGCUCAUACAGUUCCUUUAUAUACAAGAGAUGCUCGCCAAAGAUGGCGUGCCGCAGGUGAUGACCGUCAGUAUGGAUAAAAUUACGUGCUGUGAUAUGCAAUACUAUGCUUUACCGGAGCGAAGACGGCUCACAUCCGAACAGUCAAAUACUAUACGUAAGAAGAAAAAUCACGAGUCCUCAUGGAAAAUUGAAAGGAAUUAUUCCUGUAUGGUGCAGACUGUCGGUGGGCUUAACGUCGAUCCAGGACGACUUGUAGAGGUUGUUUGCCAAGCUGGUAUAUACCAUGGUGGAAAGUCACUUUGCGAACCGCAAAAGACGAAAGUGGCUGUGGUGUCGAAGGAAGGCGAGGCCCAAUGGGAUGAGGAGUUACAGUUUCCCAUCAAAGUGUGCAAUGUGCCGCGGAUGGCUAGGCUCUGUUUUGUUAUAUACGAAAUAUCCAAGGCUAAGAAUAAACGGAGAGGAAAGGAUAAUAAGGACGCGAUCAACCGUCUGGCGUGGGUGAACACGAUGGUGUUCGACUACAAGGAGCAGCUGCGCACGGACGCGGUGACGCUGUUCAUGUGGACGCACGUGGCGGACGAGACGCAGGGCGACGACGUGCUGCUGCACCCGCUCGGCACCGUGCUGUCCAACCCCAACACGGACUCGUGCGCCGCGCUGCAAGUCAGGUUCUCCAAUUACGAUUGUCAACAUCCAAUCUUAUUUCCGAAACAAGAGGCGAUAAGAACGUAUGCGGAUCAAUUGGAAAAUGGUUCGUUAGAAAUGGCGAGACUGACUGAUGAUUUCGAGAAACUUCGAACUACAGCUGAAAAGGAUCCUAUGUAUGAGAUGCACGAACAGGACAAGAAGGAUAUUUGGGCUGCCAGAGAAUAUUUCCAAACGCAAGCGCCUGAGCUGUUGCCCAAAUUACUAUCUUGCGUGGAGUGGACGGAGCGGGCGGAAGUGGCCCGAGUGGCCAAGAUGCUGUCCAACUGGCCGAUGCUGAGGGUGGAAUCGGCUUUGGAGUUGCUGGACUAUGCGUAUGCGGACGCGGCUGUGCGGAGCUUCGCCGUGGAGUGCUUGGCUAAGAUUAGUGACGAAGACUUAUUAUUAUAUUUAUUACAAUUAGUGCAAGCGCUAAAACACGAGUCGUACCUGACGUGCGAUCUCGCGCGGUUUCUGCUCGAGCGGGCUUUCAAAAACAUGACCAUUGGGCACUAUCUCUUUUGGCAUUUACGGUCGGAGAUGCACGUACCGUCGGUGUGCGUGCGCUUUGGUCUGGUGCUGGAGGCGUACUGCCGCGGCUGCCAGGAUCACAUCAACACACUUAUGCGCCAGAUCACGUGCUUGGAUAAGCUCAAGUGGGCGAGUCAAUGUAUCCGCAAGAAGAAAGAGAUAUCGAAGGCUCGAGCGGCGCUCAACCAGCACCUGCAAGAGCCGCAUUGUAUGGAGACGCUGUGUGAUUUUGUGUCUCCGCUUACGCCCAGUCUUGUUUGUAAGCGGAUUAAGCCAGAUCGAUGCACGGUAAAAGACAGUAAAAUGCGGCCGUUGCUGCUCGAGUUUGAGAAUCUGGACCCUACCGGCACGGACAUAAGGAUCAUAUUGAAGAUCGGCGACGACCUCCGGCAGGACAUGUUCACGCUGCAGAUGCUCAGGAUCAUGGACCGGAUAUGGAAGAACGCGGGUUAUGAUUUUAGAUUGAACCCGUACAACUGCAUAUCGAUGGAGUACGCGGUGGGCAUGAUCGAGGUGGUGGACGAGGCGGAGACGGUCGCCAACAUACAGAAGCAGAGCGCGCUGUUCAACGCGGCCUCCACCAUCUCCAAGGCGAACCUGUUCCAGUGGCUCCGCAAGCAGAACCAGAGCGAGAGCGCGCUCAACAAGGCGGUGGAGGAGUUCACCAUGAGCUGCGCCGGCUACUGCGUCGCCACCUACGUGCUGGGCAUCGCCGACCGGCACCCGGAUAACAUUAUGGUCAAGAAGACUGGCCAGCUCUUCCACAUAGACUUCGGCCACUUCCUCGGGCACUUCAAGCAGAAGUACGGGUUCAAGCGCGAGCGGGUCCCGUUCGUGCUGACGCACGACUUCAUACACGUGAUCAACAAGGGCCAGCGCGGCGGCGUGGGCGAGCAGCUCGACUUCAAGAUAUUCAAGGAGCUCUGCGAGACCGCCUUCAAAAUACUCAGAAAGCACGGCCACCUCAUACUGUCCCUGUUUUCUAUGAUGAUCUCAACUGGACUGCCAGAAUUAAGUUCGGAGAAGGACUUACAAUACUUGCGAGAGACUCUGGUAAUGGAUCUCUCCGAAGAGAAGGCGAUUGAGCACUUUCGUAUGAAAUUCGUCGAAGCGCAGAAGAACUCAUGGACGACCUCCUUCAACUGGGCGUUCCACAACUUCGACAAGAACAACUGACAGUGAUCCGUGCGACGGCUGAAGAAACAGCCGUCGAAAUACACGCCACAGACAUUGUAAACUGAACUCUAAUACUUAUAAAAUAAAGCUCAGUUUAGUGUAACGAGUGACCGUGAUCGUGGUGCGCGCUGUUCGGCCGGGUCCCUUUCCGUGUGUGCGCUUCCAAAUUCAAAGACAUUCGAUGCGGAUUCGAAAUUUUUGAAAAUCGAACUCGAUUUUGAAUAUUGUUUCUAGAAACAUUUGAACGUUCUAUGUUUAUUUCAAAGACGAGUUUGAUUGGAAUAUAAUAUUAGUGCCCGUUUUUCUAUAUACAAGUUAAAUCUAAAUAAAUAAAUGUAAUGCUAUCUCAUGUCAUUUAAAGCAGAAGAAAGAGAUGGCAGGAAAUUAUGCUAUUUAAAUUACUGGAUGAUUGUGAAACAGGCCCGUAGUAUUGUUAAGAGCUUUGGUUAAACUGUAUUUAACGAUUAUGAUAAGCUUAAUAUAAAAUGUUGAAGAUGAAGAAGCUAUAUAUGAUAUAUUUAACAUGCAUAAUUCAAUGAUUUUGUGAAAAUCUCGCAAGUCAUAAAAUCUGUUAUAUUGAAGAUAUACUCUUAUAUUUCAAUCUUUGGUAUAGCUUAAAAUUAUAGAAAAUAUUAGAAAAUAUUGUUCCAUGUCGAUAUUAAAUUAUUAUUAAUACAAGUCAAAAAUUCAAUAGAAGUAAUAUAUAAUGUGUCGUGUUUGUUAAAUUUGUAAUUACUACUCGAUUCUCUGAAUACAUUUAUAAUUGCAUUCAUUAAAAAUAUAUUUACGAACGCAAGUUGCAUUGGGAUUUUUGCGAAUGAAUCUAAUUCUAUGAUACAUGUAUAUCCAAUUGUAUAUCAAUAUUAAAUAUUAAAAAAAAAAAACAAAUAAUUCAAAUAUACAUAAAGAAAAACAAUAUUCGAUAUCCCCCGUAGUUUGCAAAUUAUACAAAACAAAUAAAUAAAAUAGUUUUGAGAAAAUAUGACAUUUAAAAACAUAAAAUAAAUAUUGACCUUGCUAUAUGAAUCGUGUUAUAUAAUUAAACAAUAUACUGGUCGCAGGAUGCUUAUAUCUUAAACAUGGAGUAUAUUACAUAAAAGCUUCGAUAUAUACGGAAGGAUAUAAAGAAUUUAUUUAAUAUGUAUAUGGAGUUAUAUUGGUAUAGGUAAGACCGUAUGAGAUUCUCAGUUCUUUAUUUUUUUUUAUACAAAAUUAAAUUGCAUGCAUUAAGAAAUAACAAACUAGUUAAAAUAUAUACUAAAAUAUCUAUCAGUUUCACCCUAAAAUAUAUAGACAUAAAUGGAAGCUAAAUAUAAAUGUUUAUGUGCCUAAGAUGCGAAACCGUUUAAUCGUACUAUAUCUAUAACGGACAGACAAACGAAUUUUCACUAUAUUCAAAUAAGUAUAAAAUAAAAUUACGCAUUGAAAUUGAAUAUACUAUACUAAUUAAAUAAAAAGAUUGUCUUUGCUUUUUGUAAUUCGAUAUGGUGCGGUGAAUAGGCGAGGUUUUAAAUGACGGUGUCUUAAUAUCUUCAUAUAUGAAAUGAUUCGUAUUAUCCUUUAGGUACAUAUCUAGUAUUUUAACAUAUAAUCGCUAGCGCAUAUUAUAUAUACAUAAAAUAAGUAUUUAUAUGUCAAUAUCCCAACUUAUAUGCUUAUCAUUAUGUAUACUAUUAUCGUAGAAAUAUUAUAAUUCGGCAUAAGCCGGUAUUCUGUGCAUAUUUUAAGAUGGAAAUGAUUUCUAUCUGAGCUAGUCUACGCGAUCUUUUAAAGUCAAGGAAAUGAAAUAAAUACGAUACUAAAUAAUCACAUUCAUGCAUAAAGUGACUGCAUUUAUGAAGGAGAAAAUACUUUCGAAUGUCAUGCAUGUGUUCGUAUGACUGAUGUAGCAUGUCGCUUUAAUUAUGACGUCAUUAAAUGAAUUUAUAAAACACAUAAUAUUUGUAUAAACAACGGCAUUACACGGAUAUUCGCGUUUUUAUUAAGCACCACGCAUUGAAUGAAAAAUAUCACUCACGAUAAAGUGUUAUAUAAUUGACUAAUAUUUGAUUAAGAAUUCGAUCGAAAACGGAUACAAAUAAUGACAUUUAGAAUCAAGGAUAUUCACAGAACACCGGCUCGUAGCCUAAAUCGAUGAGUCGAAUUAUCGUUAGCUAAGCUCUCAAAAUGCUAUUAUCCACUUUAUAAUCAGCGCAUUAGAGGUCAAAUUAGAUCGGAUAUAGGCACAUAUGAAUAGCCUUAUUAGCUUAUUUCUAAGACAGCGUCGGAUUACGUCACGCACGCAUGGCGACGCACGAAUGAAAGUGGACGCAUGCAUGCGAAGUAAGGGCUGUUAUACAUAUAAAACGGCGAAUUAUAUUUGAAACAACCAAUCGGCUUUCAGUAUCGCCCGUUAAUUAAAUUCUCAUGGUUGUUAAAUCGCUGUGAGAACUAGCCCUAAUGCGAAGGGUGUACGAGCGUGUGGCGGCCAUUUUGGCUGUGAUAUAUUAGCGCGGUUUGCGUACGCGCAAUUUGAACGUUUUCGUAACGAGUGAAAACUUGCGGAAUGAGGUAGGCGAAGAUGGAAAUGUAUAGGUAAAUAAUUAUUAUUUUCAUUUGAAACAUUUUAUGCGAAUGCAAUGUUAUCGUGAAAGUCUUUAACAGCGCUCGCUGAGAAAUUUUCUUUGAUGUCUUUUCGGUAAUGUAACUUUGAUAUUGUAAUUUCUAAAUUGAAUGAUGGUUUGGGAAUGAUGUUGGAAGACUGAUUGUACAACGUUAAAUAACUAAAUGAGUCGAGAUGGAUACAGUGAAAUUUCAAUCGUAUUUUCGUACUUUAAGGGUAGUUUUCGUUUGAGCCGUGUGCUCGUUAGAUAUAGGUGCCGUAUACUCGAGUUAUUUAUAGUUUUUUUUUUAUGUUUUAGAUAUCGAAAAGGUUAUUGUAAGGGCUGCCACCGCUCGUACCCGACGUUUAUUUAAAUUUAGUGAAACGCUCUCAUUGGCAAAUUUUUAGAUAUAAGUAGCGAACACGUUGAUUAGCUUUUUUAAUACGAACCAUGAUGUAAGGUAGUUGGUAGAUAUCAUAGGUGUAGCAGUAUUAUAUCGUAGGGUUGGAGUUUUUUUUUUGUUUUUAAUUUUUUUAUAACGUCUGGCUACCUCAUGGUGUCGUGUACUGAACUUUAAGUUAUUCUGUUUAAGUAUUUUGCUUAUUGUUGUGUUAACGGUUUGAAAUUUAUACGAAUUAGUGGUGAAAAUAAUGAAUUCAAAUAUAUUUGUGUAUGCCAUUGACAUCGUAAUAGAUGGUUCAUUCACUAAUCCCGUUUCAAGAAUAAAGCUUUCUUUUCUCACUUAUCUUUCGUCUCGCUGAAUACAGUCGUUGUUAUGUUAUGCCAUCUUUAUAAUUGUACGGAGGACGUUUUUUAUAUUGCUUUCUAUAACGUUGUUAGGGUAUAGAAGUGUAAAUGGAUGAAAAAAUUGCGAUUUUCGAAGCCGAUUUUUCUCAUGUGCAAAUUAUUUGAUUGCUUUUUCUCUUGAAUUUAAUGGUACCACUAAUUCGUAUUAAACUCAAAACAAACUUGAAUAUUAACAAUUAUAUUCCCAUACGUGAACCUACUAUCGAAUCGUUUAAGUCUAAAAAGAUUUUCGGCGUAUAUAACUCAGAUCGCUCCCGUAUAGUGCGAGAUAUAAUAUCUAUAAAAAAUGUUUAAGUUUAAGUACACGAGCUACGUUUGUGCAAUGUAAAUACUGUCUUUAUUUAUAUUUUAUAAAAUUGUGGGAGCUUGUUUUUAGUUAAAUAUGUAUAUCUUUUAAGGUGCUACCUAAAACGUUAACGAUACGUUGUUUUUAAUAGGUUAGGAAACAAGCGUUUUAAAAUCAAUAUUAAGUUCAUUGAAUUAUUUUCGUUAAAGCUUUCGAUUUCAAAAGAUUAAAAAAUCAUCAAUUGAUAAAUACGCAAUUUAGCACCCUCCCGUUUCAUUCUGUUAAAAAAAAUAUAAUAUCCCGCUAGUAUAAGUCCUUCAGUGUUCAUAGUGUUAUAGUGUCUAAACAAAUUCUAUGGAAAAUCACUUUCAUAGUAUUUUGUUGUUAUACUUUAGGUACAUUGAAAUAAAUUGCCACAAUAGAUACUUUUAAGUCGCAUCCAAUAAAUAUACACUAUUGCCUUUUUGUUUACAUAGUAUAAGUCGGUUUAUUUCCUUAUAGAUCCCACCAUAUAUUAAGUCAAAUAAACGUAUGAAGUAGCACCUUAAGAUUUUGUUUGUUUGGUCGGAUACCGUUGAAUCAUUGUAUAGAAUUCACCAAAUAUUUUCAACGUACGGCACGAGAGAUGUAGUUUCUAAGGUUUAUUUUUUAAUCGACUAUAUUAGCUAUGGUUUAAGAUUAUUUAAGUUUCACGAUACAUCUCAAGUCUGUAUACAAUAAUAGUUCCUUUGUUGUGUCAUUUAUCAUAUACGAGUUACAGAAGAAAUGUAAAGGAUAUUUGUUUAUUGUAUAAAUAAUUUACCGAUUAAUUUUAUUUGCUAUCUCAAAUAUGAUUUUUUUGAAUAAACA